UGCAACUGGCACUAGUAAAUAUUCUAACACCCUACAAUCAACAAUGUCUCUCAUCACAGAAGAGAUGAAGGCCAAGGCCGACGAAAUCUACUACGGUGACGAGAUCUCGCAGGAGAAGACGAAGCUUCUGUUGAGAGAGGUUGGGCUUCCGAACGGGCUUCUGCCAUUGAAGGACAUAACAGAAUGUGGGUACGUGAAGGAGACUGGUUUCGUGUGGAUGAAGCAGAAGAAGGCCAUAACCCACAAGUUCCACAAGGUGGGGAAGCAGGUCUCCUACGCCAAGGAGGUCACAGCCAAUGUUGAGAAGAAUAGGGUCAAGAAUCUCACUGGGGUCAAGGCCAAGGAGGUUUUGGUUUGGCUCACGUUGUCCGAAAUCUACGUCGACGACCUUCCGACUGGGAAUAUCACCUUCCAGAUCCCGGCCGGGCUGUCCCGAUCCUACCCAGUCUCUGCCUUCGAGGCUGAGGAGAAGGAGGAGAAGGAAGUGAAGGAUCAGGUGAAGAAUAAUGGAGGGAUUGUGGCUGUUGAUGUGAAGGAGGUUUGAGAAUGUUUAAUGGGAAAAUACGAUUAUGUACUUAUUAGUCCGCACACAUCUUCUGCUACUUACUACUUAGGAAUGAAGAAAAAUAAAUUUUUUCUAUUUCUCGAAAAAUUUAAAAGCCGUUGAAUUUGUAUGAGUGGUUAGUACAAAGAUAGGUGUCGGCGAGUAAACACGCAAGUAUGGUCAUGUUUACUAGGGUUAUUUAUGUUUUUCGUGUCGUUGUUGGUCCUUUUUGAUUGGAAAUGAUGAUAAUAAUUAAUCAUAUCAAAGUUU